AUGGCCUCUACCCUCCAGUUCACUCCCCUCGACGAGAUCACGAAGAUUCACGCGAGAGUGAAGACGACGUUUGUGUCAGGCGUCACUCGUCCCCUCGCAUACCGCCGACAGCAGCUCUACCAGCUCGGCAAGAUGCUUCAAGAGAACGAAGAGCGCCUCGUUCAAGCGAUCAACAUCGAUGUUGGCAAACCGCGGCUGGAGGCGACCAUCGCCGAUUUGGGCGUCGUUGUCUACGCUGUUGUCCGUGCCCUUGAGAAUCUCGAAGAGUGGACGGCACCCGAGAAGGCCGAUAUCAAGACCCUCCCCGAGUGGCGUCAGGGGUGGGACACUACGACCUACAAGACUCCCAAAGGCGCUGCUCUGCUCAUUACGCCAUGGAAUUACCCGUACAUUAUCUCCCUCGGGCCACUUGUGGGUGCGAUUGCCGCAGGAUGCACCGCCGUCAUCAAACCUUCCGAAUUGUGCCCCACUGUCUCCAAUGCACUUGCCGAUCUCUUCCCCAAGUAUCUCGACUCCAAUGCUUACGCCAUUGUCAACGGUGCUGUGGAAGAGACGACGAAGCUCCUUGAACUCCGCUGGGAGCACAUCUUCUACACUGGCAGCAACCGCGUCGGCCGUGUUGUCGCCGCAGCUGCCGCAAAGCACGUCACCCCUCUCACUCUCGAGCUCGGCGGUAAAUGUCCCGUGGUCAUCGCCCCGGAUGCAAACAUCGAACUCUCGGCCAAACGUAUCUUGUACGGGAAACAGGCCAACUUGGGACAGAUCUGCGUCUCUCCCGAUUACGUUCUUGUGCCCCGCCAUCUGCAAGACGAGAUAGUUGCGGCCUUCAAGAAAGUCCACAGCGAGUUCUUCCCCGAAGGAACGCUCAAAAGCCCCGACAUUGGCCGCAUCAUCUCUUCCACCCAUCGCCAGCGUCUGCAAAAUCUCUUGGGCAGCACUGACGGAGAAGUCGUUCUCGGUGGCGGCGUCGCCGGUGACACGAAAAUGGAGAUUACGAUCGUGAAGGACGUGCAGAUUGAUGAUCCGUUAAUGGCCGACGAAAUUUACGGCCCAAUUCUUGCCCUGGUCCCCGUCGACGACAUUGAUCACGCUAUCCGCAUUAUUGCUGAAAGGCCGACCCCCCUCGUCAUCUACAUAUUCUCGCAAGAUGAAUCGAUUCGGGAUAAAUUCAUGGACCGCACUGCUAGCGGUACUAUCGUUUUGAACGACACCUACCAACAGCUUGCGGUGCACGAGAUGCCCUUCGGUGGACAGGGCGAGUCUGGGUAUGGCGCGUACCUUGGCAAAACCUCCUUCGACACCUUCACACAAUUACGUGGCUACAUCCAUGUCCCUCUUGCCGCGGACCCGUACAUGAAGUUCCGUUACCCCCCUUACACCGAUGAGGCAGUCGCUGCUCUUUCGACCUUCGGCAUGCACCUUCCCCUCCCCAAGCCUUGA